CGGUCCCUAAGCAGAAGGGUGGGGUGACUGAAAAUCCAGCGCCCGGAGGAAGAAAGCGGUUAACUGUUGUCGAGCUCGUUUAAAGUGGUCGACUCUCAAUACUCUUCCUGGAUUAGCUGUCUAGUAGGGGAUGCUGGGUGUGUCAGAAAUGACGGGCAGCAAUAUGGCCAAUGCCCUGGCGAAUGCCGCAUGUGAGCGAUGUAAAAGCGGGUUUGCACCGGCGGAGAAGAUUGUCAACAGUAAUGGCGAGUUAUACCACGAGCAGUGCUUCGUGUGUGCCCAGUGCUUCCAGCAGUUUCCGGAGGGACUUUUCUACGAGUUUGAAGGCAGGAAGUACUGCGAGCAUGAUUUCCAAAUGUUGUUUGCGCCUUGCUGUCACCAGUGUGGUGAGUUCAUCAUUGGCCGUGUGAUUAAAGCCAUGAACAACAGCUGGCACCCUGACUGCUUCUGCUGCGACAUUUGUCAGGCAGUGUUAGCUGAUGUUGGAUUUGUCAAAAAUGCUGGCCGUCAUCUGUGUCGUCCAUGUCAUAAUCGGGAGAAGGCUCGUGGUCUUGGGAAGUACUUUUGUCAGAAGUGCCAUGCCAUCAUUGAUGAGCAGCCUCUCAUCUUCAAGAAUGACCCGUACCAUCCGGAUCACUUCAACUGCAGCAACUGCGGUAAGGAGUUGACUGCUGAUGCUCGGGAGCUGAAAGGAGAGCUCUACUGUCUCCCAUGCCAUGAUAAAAUGGGUGUGCCGAUCUGUGGAGCCUGCAGAAGGCCUAUCGAAGGCCGUGUGGUCAAUGCCAUGGGCAAGCAGUGGCAUGUUGAGCAUUUUGUGUGUGCUAAGUGUGAGAAGCCCUUCCUGGGUCAUCGCCAUUACGAAAGAAAAGGGUUGGCAUACUGCGAGACUCACUACAACCAGCUUUUUGGUGACGUCUGCUACCACUGCAACCGCGUGAUCGAAGGAGAUGUUGUGUCGGCUCUGAACAAAGCCUGGUGUGUCAACUGCUUCUCCUGUUCUACCUGCAACACUAAGCUCACACUAAAGGACAAAUUUGUAGAGGUUGACCUGAAGCCGGUGUGUAAGCACUGCUAUGACCGGCUGCCUGAGGAGCUGAAACGGCGCCUUGCCAAACGUGAACGCGAUACUCGUGAGAGGAAGAAGAAGACGGUUGCUGUCUGUCCGUAACUCCUGUCUCCUCUUUUUCUCCAUGCUCAUCCAUCUUUACUCUUUCUUUUUUUGUGGUCAGUGUCUUCAUCCAUUUCCAAUGGCUCAUGUCUUUAUUUUCCUGCAUAUUUUUAUAUGUACCUUUCUUUGUGUUGUGGUUGUAAAAUCCUGGUUUUGUGAUUUCAGUCAUUAUUUAACAGUUUUAUUUAGUUUCUUAGUUGGUGCACAAUUUUUGUGGAUUUUGACCACAAAUUCACACCGGACACUUUGCGUUCAACACACACUAUUGCAUCAUGAUAAUAAGCAUAAUUUGAUGAAGAAAACUAUGCCCAAAUGUACCACCGUGUCCAUUAAAUGUGUGGGAUGGAACCAGACAAAGUUUGGCCAUCUAACAUUCCACUGAUAACAGAUGGUGUUGAUCGAAAGUUGUUAAAAUGGAAGCGCUAACUUCAUGUGAUGCUCCUCACACAUGCGUCAAAAAAAGCGCUACAGGAACGUGUCCGGUGUGAUUUGCCUGGAGAUUAUAGAGAAAUAACACAGAACUCAAGAAACUUCUGUGCCUUGCAUAAGUAUACACACACCUCAUCCCCACUUUAUUUGGAAUUUUCUUUUCCCCAUUUUAUUUAUGCAAAAUGUCUAACAUUUGAAGGUGUUCCGUAUUGUUAAUUAAACAAAAACACACACAUUUGUUGGUCACAUAGGUAUUUACGCUCCUGGGUCAAUAGUGGUUUAUGUCUGUUAGCUUUCCACAUCUGGAUCAUGAUAUUUUUACGUAUUCAUAGUGUCAAGCUCGGAUAAGCUCUGUCAGAUUGGUUGGAGAUCGUUGCUGAACAUCAAUUUCUAAGUUUUGCCAUUAAUUCUGAAUUUGAUUGAAGUCUAGGCUUUGGCUCGGCCAUUCUAAAGGGCCUUUCACGCUGAGCAUGAUUAAGCGAAUGCGAAUGUAUGACACGAUGACGCUCUUGAAUCGAAAGAAUUGAUCUCUAUGGAGCUGUUCACACUGGGCGCGAUCAAUCGCGGUGCGACAGAGUGAUUUAUUUAUUUUUUUUUAGAUGUGUGUGUGUGUGUGUGUGUGUGUGUGUGUGUGUGUGUGUGUGUGUUUUUUAUUUUCUUUUUUCCCCCGUUGCCCCACAAUGAAACAGUUCAUCCAAAUUAGAUCGGAGCUUUAGAUCACAUUCCCAGAGCUGCUGCUGUUGUACAAAAGGGCAGGAUAGGUGAUGCUAAACACAGAAAGCUCUUUUUAAAACCAGUGUAGACACAGAAAAAACGUAUUCCAGAAGAGAGAGGAGAAUGGAUGUUGAGUUCUUGUUAUCAUUGGUGUCUGGGAACAAAUAACUUUUUGAUAAGUCACAGAGACUACAAAAACAUUGAUAGAAAUUAUUUUUUGUGUAAUUGUAAUCUGCUUUAUUCUUAUAAUUCUUAUUGUUCUUUCAUCUAUAUAUACAUGUAUAUUUUUUUAGAUUUUAAAAACGGAUUUUUUCACAAAUAAACGGGUUUUGUCCCACUACCAUGUUAUUCCAUUAUAUUUCGCAUUAUUUUAUUCAUACUCAAACUGCUUGAUGGGGCUCUUCAAAAAAACACUUAAAAAAAAAAAAAAAAAAAAAAAAAAAAGGUUCCGCCUCCCUUUUGGGAGUGGUGGUUGAAUAGUGGGUUGUGCCACCUAGUGUGCAGGCAUAAAAUGCAUUCUCGGUCAGCGCCACAUAUCGUGCAGGUGUGAAUUAGCUGAAGGUGAUCAAUCGUUUUGCGUUCGGUGUGAAAGCGCUGUUCAUCAUCGAUUCACUUUAUCACGGCGCACUCCGUGUGAAAGGGCCUGAACACAUUCCGGUUCUUGGUUUUGAGUCAAGUGUAGCUUUGGCCGUAUGAGUUAAGAUAUUGUCCUGUAAGGAGAACCUGCACCCCUGUAACAAGUUUCUUGCAGGCAAGUCUAAGUUUUCUUUUAGGAUUAUCCAGUAAUUGGCUAAAGCCAUCAUGCCGUCAUGCCUGACUAGUUUCCCAGUAGUUGCUGAUAAAAUGCAUCCCCAAAAUAUGAUGCUUCCACCACCAUGCUUCACUGAGGGAUUAUUAUUCUCAAGGUUUCUGCUUAAUGUUAUGCCUUGUGUCGAGGUCAAAAAGUUCGAUUUUGGUCUCCUCAGACCAGAGAACCUUUUCCCGCAUGUUUGCUCAGUCUCCAGUAUGCAUUUUGUCAAAUUCCAAACAGGAUUCCAUAUGACUUCAUAUGAAAUUAUGGAAAAGUUGAGGGAGGGAAUACUUGCUCAAAGCACUGUAGAUAAGUAUUUUAGUAGUGUGCUUUUAUUUAUAUUAUCUUAAACAAGCAAGUGUUGGAACAGACAUGUUGCUUUUUGU